UACUCACAAAGAAAGCUGUUUCAACUACAUCUCUAUAUCCUCAAGCGUUCUGGUUUCGUCGCGUGGAAUACUAUAUCCAUCUUGGAAUCGGUACACACUAUCUUCGUAUAACUGCGACCUGCCUACCCCACCUACCUUCACCUUGACGCUAUCGUUAUCGAUCUAUCACGCUUUCCCGGGAUAGAUUCACUACGUACCGGCACUUGCUCCUUAUAUAACCUGAAGCCGUCGACUGCAACUUCGACCUCCACCUCGAUAUCAGCUACUCAACUCGACCUCAGUACCUCCAAUUGAUCCACUCAGAUCCAGUUGACCAGUUUCCACAAUGGUCAAGAUCAAUGCUCUCGCCGCCUUCGGGCUCCUCUCCCUCGCCAGCCAGGCCAUGGCCCUCGCCACAAUCAAGGUCAUGCCAUUGGGCGCCUCCAUCGUCACACGCUGCUGGCGUGCCAACCUCCAAGCCAAGCUGCGCAACAACGGCGUCACGAACUUUGACUUUGUCGGUAGCCAGCGCUCAACAACCUGCACAGGCAUCGUAGGGGACGACCAAGACCACGAAGGCCACCCCGGGUCGCUCGUCACCGACUACGCCAAGAACGGCAACGUGACUGGCUGGCUGAACCAGAACCCUCCCGAUGUUGUUGUCUUCUUCAUGGGCCACAACGACAUCAUCAUCGGCAAGAAGACCGACACGGAAAUCCUCGGCGCCUACGACGUUAUGCUUGACCAGAUACGCGCAAAGAACCCCAAGAUGCAGAUUGUCUUUUCCAGCCUGACACCACUCGACCCCGCGCGAUGGACGCAGGAGACUGCAGACCGCGUCAAGGGCUUGGCUAUCAAGGUUGCUGCUUAUGCGCCGACGAAGAGCACAGCGAUUAGCCCAGUGUAUUUUGUCGACAACUUCGAUGGGUACAAUGCUGCUACUGACACCGAGGAUGGGCUGCACCCCAACAGUGUGGGCAACGAGAAGAUGGCCUCGAAGUUCAUCAAGAACACACAGCUCGCUAUCCAAGCGGCGACCAAGACCAAGGCGGGAAAAAGGUUGAGCAGGUGGGAGAGGACAUUGAGCUUGGUGCAGUAGAGAAAAAAAGAGGAUGUGUUUGUCCUCGUAAUGACCUGAUAGCGUUCACUUCUUUUUCUUGUCCUUCAUGAUUCAGCAGAGGGGCAACAUGGCUAAGGACCGCGUGGAAGCAAGAGUUAUCCCAUCCCGUCCGGUCCUGUUCUGCUUGGGAAACCGAGUCGAACACGUCCGUUCCGGAGGGUCCUACUUCUUCUUCUUCUUCUUCUUCUCCUCCGCAGCCAGUUCUUUCUCCUCCCGCUUAGCAGC